CCUCACAACUCACAACUCAUCCCUUUUCAAUAACAAUGAUCGCCCAAACUGUCUUCGCUGCCGCCAUCGUCGCCUCAGUCUCCGCUGGCUGGGAAUCAAAGACUGGUUCAUGUAACACCGGUUCUAUCCAAUGCUGUAACCUCGAUGAAAAGAAGGAAACCAGCACAGGCAAGAAUGACGCUCUUAUCUCAACUGGUGACAUCGCCUCCCAAGUUGGUGUCCAAUGUGACCAAAUUCCAUUACUCAUUGGUGUCGCUAUUGAAGACGAAUGCAAGAACACUCCAGUCUGUUGUGAAGGCUUCGAUGAUGAAUCACUCAUCGGUCUCGGCUGUGAUGCUCUCCCACUCAUCUAAGCAACCUUAGCGAUAAUAGGUCCCCAUAAA